AACAAGAAAAAAAUAAAUGUUUAGAAUAUAAAAUAGAAAAUAGAAUAUCGAAAAAAUACAAUAAAAAAUUAGAAAACAUCAAUAAAGAAUUAGAAAAAGAAAUUAAAGAAAUUAGAAAAGAAAUUGAAGAAAAUCAGAAAAUUUGA